AUGUUUGGUGUGGUGAAAAUGGAGAGGGUAAGAUUAUUUGUUGUUGUUGCCAGUAUUUUGGUUAUGUGUGUAGUGAGGAGGGUGGGAGGUGAAGAGGUGGCAGACACAUUAUCAGCCUGUGAUUUUCCAGCAAUUUACAACUUUGGAGACUCAAAUUCAGACACGGGUGGUAUAUCUGCUGCAUUCUACCCAAUGGCAUCACCCUGUGGUGAAACUUUCUUCCACAGACCAGCUGGCAGGGGUUGUGAUGGCCGUCUGAUGAUUGAUUUUAUUGCAAAGCACUUGGGAUUGCCAUACUUGAGCCCAUAUUUGGACUCACUUGAGAGCAAUUUCAGACAUGGUGCCAAUUUUGCUACCGGAGGGGCAACCAUCAUCCGGUAUAAUGAAUCCUGGUUUCAGAAUGGUGUGAGCCCCUUUUCUCUUGACAUCCAGAUUGCUCAGUAUCAACAGCUCAAGUCACGUACCACCAGUCUUUACAACCGAGCCAAGAAACAACCCCACAGAUUCCCAAGAGUUGAUGACUUCUCAAAGGCUCUUUACAUUUUUGAUAUAGGACAAAAUGAUGUAGCUGCUGGUAUUCGGAAAAUGAGUGAUGAACAAUUUCAAGCACAAAUCCCAGACAUCAUUAACCAGUUGGCUACAGCCAUCCGAAAUUUGUAUGAUCAAGGGGCAAGAACAUUCUGGAUACACAACACUGGUCCCAUUGGGUGCUUGGCAGUGACCUUACACUACCUCCAUAAUCCGAGCCCUGACUAUGUUGACCGCCGUGGUUGCGUCAAGUUUCAAAACGACAUGGCUAGACAGUUCAAUAGGGCGCUCAAGCAGAAAGUGUUCCAACUAAGGAAGGAGCUCCUCCUUGCUGCAAUAACACAUGUCAAUGUCUUUGCUGCAAAGUAUAAACUUCUCAGCAAUGCAAAGAAGCAUGGAUUUCUGGACAAGACAAGGAUCUGCUGUGGAUAUCAUGAAGGUAGCAACCAUGUGUAUUGUGGGAAUAAGGGAAUCAUAAAUGGCACUCAAGUAUAUGCUGGUUCAUGUGAAGAUCCUUCCUUGUAUAUUAGCUGGGAUGGUGUACACUACACUGAAGCUGCAAAUCAUUGGAUUGCUAAUCAAUUAAUCAGUGGUUCAUUCUCAGACCCACCACUUCCAAUCACAAAUUCAUGCCAUAGGCUUCAACCUCUGUAG